GUACUUUAACAAUCAGUACAUUAUUUGUUUUUCCUCUAUAAAUACCUCCACCAACACCUACUCAUUCACUUCCUCAUUCAGUUCUUGCUUUCUUCUAAGCUCCUUUUGUUUUCUUGAGAUCCCAAAAAAGAAAAAAAUGGAGAAUUCUGGUUCAAAAAAUAUGCAAAGGCCACCAAUGAAACCCUACAAAUGUUUGUUGGGAACACAGAUUUUGUUGAGAAUUUUGGCUACAACAUUCACAUUGGCAUCCACUUGGAUUAUUCUCACCAGCAAACAGACUGUUACUAUAUUUGGCCUUGAGAUGGAUGCUCGUUAUAGUUAUUCUCCAGUUUUCAAGUUCUUUGCUUUUGCAAAUAUGAUUGGUUGUGCCUUCUCUGUUUUGUCCCUGUUACUUGCCUCUGUUCUUGGCCAUAAGGUUCUUGACCCAAAGAACUAUUUCUACAUGUUCCUUCAUGAUUUGAUUGUGAUGGCACUACUGCUAGCUGGAUGUGCAGCAGCAACUGCAGUUGGAUAUGUGGGGAAAUAUGGGGAGAUGCAUUCAGGAUGGAUGCCCAUUUGUGAUCAUGUUCCCAAAUUCUGUCACAAAGUUUCAAAUAGUGUCAUUCUCUCCUAUUUUGCUGUGAUUAUCUACCUCUGCCUCGCCAUAGUUUCUGCAAAUCAAUCUAGACAGAUCCAAGUUUAAUUAUAUUAGCUAGCAGUGAAGAUGCCAAAGAAAGUUCGUUUUGCAUCAACAUAUCAGAAGUAGAAACGAAAGAACUCAAGUUUUCGACUCUACUGGUGUGGAAAGUAUUUACAGAUCAAUCUUUCAAUUUGAAUGUUAUAUUAAAAGUUCAACCAUAUUAUUUUGAGUUAA